AUGGCACCAGUCGGAGUUCCCGGGGCCAAGAAGGGUAUUUUAGAACGUCUGGAUGAUGGGGAGGUUGUGAUUGGGGAUGGCAGCUUUCUCAUAACUUUGGAGAAGAGAGGCUACGUGAAGGUUGGGCUCUGGACUCCAGAAGCAGUGGUAGAACAUCCAGACGCAGUUCGUCAGCUUCACAUGGAAUUCUUGAGAGCAGGCUCGAAUGUCAUGCAGACGUUCACCUUUUCUGCCAGUGAGGACAAUAUGGAAAGCAAGUGGGAAGCUGUAAACGCUGCCGCCUGUGACCUCGCCAGGGAAGUGGCUGACAAAGGUGACGCUCUCGUGGCUGGGGGGAUCUGCCAAACAUCAGUGUACAAAUACCACAAGGACGAAGGUAGAAUUAAGAAGCUUUUUCGACAACAGCUAGAGGUUUUUGCCAGGAAAAAUGUGGACUUCUUGAUUGCAGAGUAUUUUGAGCAUGUCGAAGAAGCUGUGUGGGCUGUGGAAGUCUUAAAAGAAUUGGGGAAACCUGUGGCAGUUACCAUGUGCAUAGGCCCAGAGGGAGACAUGCAUGCUGUGACACCCGGAGAAUGUGCCGUGAAGCUGGGGAAGGCAGGGGCUAACAUCAUUGGUGUGAACUGCCGAUUUGGGCCCUGGACCAGCUUGCGGACGAUAAAGCUCAUGAAGGAGGGCCUUGGGGCUGUAGGACUGAAAGCACACUUGAUGAUACAGUCCCUGGGGUUCCACACACCCGACUGUGGCAAAGGAGGGUUUGUGGAUCUCCCAGAAUACCCUUUUGCCCUGGAGCCCAGAGUUGCAACCAGGUGGGAUAUUCAAAAAUAUGCCAGAGAGGCCUACAACCUGGGGGUCAGGUACAUCGGUGGGUGCUGUGGAUUUGAGCCCUACCACAUCAGGGCAAUUGCAGAGGAGCUGGCCCCAGAAAGGGGAUUUCUGCCACCAGCAUCAGAAAAACAUGGCAGCUGGGGGAGUGGUCUCAAUAUGCACACCAAACCCUGGAUUAGAGCAAGGGCUAGGAGGGAGUAUUGGGAGAAUCUACUGCCAGCUUCAGGUCGACCUUUCUGUCCUUCACUAUCAAAGCCAGACAUUUAA